ACAGAUGAAUGUGAUAUCUGAUCAAGUAAGGUUAAUGCGUAUUUACAUCUCCUACUUUAUUACGUAAUGUUACUGUUUUUGUUGAGGUUUUGUUUUUGUUGAGGUUUUGUAGAAAAAUUUUUGAAAAUGGUUGUUUUUGGACUAAAACAAUUUCUGUAGAUUCUAGGAAGUCAGAGAAAGGAUCAAGCUAUUCUUUCCUUUAACAUGAUGUGGAAUUAAUUAGGAAAAAAGACACAGUUAGGUAAAAACUUCAGUAGGAUUCCUGUGAUUCUUCUCACUGAGUUAGCGUAUUUAAAGUGUAUUUUCUGUGAUAAGAACUUUUUUUGUUUUCAAGUGUUUUCGGAUGUAUGCAGCAUCUAUCGAUUACAAAAACUUGUACUCUUUCUUGUAGGUAGUAAUAAAAAUUAAAAAAGGUAACAUUUAAAGGAAGGAUUCUAAAUGGCGGGUAAUUUUUGGUUAUCUUCACAUAAUCAACAAUGGAUUCUUACUGAAGAAGAGCUGGCAUCAGAAUUAGCAAACGAUUUGAAAACUUUAAGUGAAGAGGAAUACCGUAAAUUGCAGAUCUUCUUCUCCCAUUUUAUACAAAGCUUAGGCGAAUGUCUGAAACUACGACAGCAAGUCAUAGCAACAGCAACUGUGUAUUUUAAAAGGUUUUAUUCAAGGACGUCACUGAAAUGUGUGGAUCCAUUGUUGCUUGCUCCGACCUGUUUAUAUGUUGCGUCAAAAGUUGAAGAAUGUGGACUUAUGUCAAACACUCGCCUGCUUAAUGCUUGCAAUACUAUUUGUAAAAAUAAAUACAAUUAUGCCUACCCUAUGGAAUAUCCGUAUAGGAUUAAUCAAAUUCUGGAAUGUGAGUUUUACUUACUUGAGAUUAUGGAUUGCUGUUUGAUUGUAUUCCACCCCUACCGUCCGCUUACAAAAUAUGUUUCUGAUAUGGCGCAAGAAGGAAGCAUCUUGCCAUAUGCAUGGAGAGUAGUGAACGAUAGUUUGCGUUCAGAUGUUUCUUUGUUGUACCCACCAUAUAUGAUAGCUUUGGCCGCCAUUUACAUGGCUUGUGUUUUCGAAAAACGAGAUUGCCAGCAGUGGUUUUCUGAACUGAACGUCAACAUGGAAAGGAUCUUAGAAAUUGUUCGUAGAAUUCUCAGUCUGUAUGAAAUAUGGAGGAACUUUGACGAGAAAAAAGAAGUACCUGGCUUAUUAAUGAAAAUGCCAAAGCCGAAAUGCAAUCCGGGAUCUAGGCCGUCAUCAGCAACACCAAUGUCAAGACAGCAUACGCCUUCUCCUAACCUGUGCUAACCAAAGAAAUUCAAUUUAAUAUUACAUAGUGAAGGAUUUUACAAAACAAAAUUUGUAUCUGUGUAUAGUUCCUUUCUAAUCACAUAUAAAUGCAAAAAAAGCAAAACAAUGGAAUGGGUUAAUAAUGCGAUAUGAAAAUUUACAGUUUGUUAUUUUUUUUCCACAUUGAGUUGGUAAUAUGUAUUUGCCGUUGCAUCAUCAGAUUAUAUAAGCUGAACUGUUCAAAAUAUUCGCGUGUCAAUUGUGUUUAUGGAUUAAUUUUUUUUAAUCUGAUAAAUGAACCAAUAAAACGAUGUAUGGAAAUUAUGCGUUAGAGAGACUGCAGUGAGAGGGUGAACAGAAUCUCUUUUAGUGUGAACCUUCUUUGUGUGUUUGGAUAACACAGAUCAUCUUGCUCACACGUGUUGGAAUUUUUUAUUUUCCGAAAUGUAAAAAUGAGUUCUUGAAAUGUACGAAUGUAUCUGAAUAUAAGAAGUGAUGUUGUAAA